AUGAUAAAAGGAGGAAAGCAUUUGAGUUCCAAGGAAGACCAUGUAUUCUUGAGAGUCACUCCAGUGGCUGGUUUUGGUCGUGCGUUGAAAUCUCGAAAACCUCACGCCACAUUUAUUGGUCCUUAUCACAUUUUGAAGAGAGUAGGAGAAGUGGCCUACAAAGUUGUGUUACCACCAUCUCUUUCAAAACUCCAUAGUGUGUUUCAUAUGUCGCAACCUUGGAAGUACAUUCCUGAUCCGUCUCAUGUGAUUCAAAUGGACGAUGUGCAAGUUAGAGAUAACUUGACCGUGGAGGCAUCAUCAUUGCAAGUUAAUGAUCGUGAAGUGAAGCACUUGAGAGGUACGAAGAUUGAUUCAGUGAAGGUGGUAUGGGGAGGAACUGCUAGAGGAAGCAUGACGUGGGAGCUCGAGAGUCGGAUGAGAGAAUCUUAUCUAUAG